GCCAAGUAAACAUCCCUGCCAUUCAGCUAUCAUGUUAGCCGACGGAGUCAUAUGUAAAUAGCUUUACGAGCUUAUGGGAUGUCUGCUUGGAUUGAUUUGUUUUAUGAGUGUUGUAUCAUUUUUAGUUGACACCUGGAUAUAUAUCUAAAUAUAAUGGACACCAGAAGUUCUAUGUGAAGGUCGUUGCAGUGUUUUGCAGUAAAAUUCGUCAGGUUAGCUGCCUCGGUGGACUAGCCUGUUAGCUAUCGCGGCCAUAACGAGCAGCACAACAAACACCGAGUCGAGUCGGCGAGUCGACUUUAGACGUUAUUUCUGCCAUCGUCAUCAUGGAGAAGGCUGAUUUCUUAAAGGGACUUCCAGUCUACAAUAAAAGCAACUUCAGCAGGUUCCAUGCAGACUCAGUUUGUAAAGCAUCAAACCGAAGGCCGUCUGUUUACCUCCCAACCCGGGAAUACCCUUCUGAACAGAUUAUUGCAACAGAGAAAACUAACAUCCUCCUGCGCUACCUGCAUCAGCAGUGGGACAAAAAGCAGAAUGCAGCAAAGAAAAGGGAACAGGAACAAGGCGAGGGGGACAGCCCGGCACCGCCGAGGAAAAUCGCCAGGACAGACAGCCAAGAGAUGAAUGAUGACUCAUAAAGUGUGCGUGUGUUUGUGUGUGAGAGGAUGAAAUAGCAUGUGCACAUACAGGGUGUAGCCUAUGUGAACUGAUGAACACAGAAAGUUAGGUGAACCUGAAUAAAAAUACGUGGUAAUUUUGAAAAGAGGUGCACUGAUCAGGAUUUUCCUGGCUGACUGUGUUUAAGAUCGAGUCAAAAUCCAUCAUAAUGUUUUUAUUUUGGCUCUGAUAGACAUGUCGACUCCUCCUGGGGUGAGCCUGUACACCUGUAAGUGUUUGUAUGUGUGUUGCGCUGUGGAUGCGUGUCGUUCCGUUUGUGUGAAGCGGGUGAGUGUUAAAGUGUGUAGAGUUGAGAUGGAGACACACUGGACAGAAAAAGCUAUGUUUAAAAACUAAACCUGUGUAGAUCCGCUCUGAUCCACGUGAACGUUUUGUUACUCUGUUAAUUUUAUUACAACUUGUCGUUGUUGAGCUUCCUGCCAGCCGCAGUGCCCACUCGGUUUCACUGCCCACUUUUAACCACAUGGGGGCGCUUCAGCAUCUCUGAAAAUCCACAGAACCAAGAAUGCACUGUGACAAAGAGCACAAAGUAGAGCCAUUUCUUCCAAAAUCCUCCAUAAGAUGCGACUAUAUUCAUAUCUGUGUUUUAAUCUGGGACUUGUGCUCAUAGGAUUUAGGUUGAUUUGUCUGAGAUGCAUUUUCACACCUAGCAUCUCAGUGAUUAUGGCUAUAAAAAAUUUUAUUUUCUUAAAGGAAGAAAUUCAGACCCGUAAAGCACAGAUGGUAAAAAAAAAAAAAAAAUCUAAUUACAUGAAAGGAAAGAUGAUUUUUGUGUGUGUAAAUAGUUAACAUUACAAUUAAACAAGUUUGUGUUUUCCUAAAUAAAUAAAAACACCCAUGGAUGCGAUAGGAAAGGUAGCACCCUGAUGCCCAGUGGAUGUUCUCUGGCUUGCAUGUUGUUUUCACUACUGGAUGUUUUGUUACAGAACCGAAGGUAUCAGCCUAGCAGGGGUCUCAAACUCCAGGCCUCACGGGCCGCAGUCCUGCAGUUUUUAAAUGUGCCACAGGUACAAAACACUGGAAUGAAAUGACUUAACGACCUCCUCCUUGUGUAGAUCAGUUUUCCAGAAAAUUAAUGACCUAAUUAUUCUGUUCAGGUGUGGUGCAGCAGAGGCACAUCUAAAAGUUGCAGGACUGCGGCCCUCGAGGACUGGAGUUUGAGACGCCUGGCCUAGAGGCCUUACAACUCGUCAUCGUGGUCCGAAUCCCUUUAGCUGCCCCGGCUUGGAUACGUUCUGCAUCUUCCAGUCUCGGAAGGUUUUUUUAAGUUUGAGAUCUGGCAUGAAUUAUCACAGAGUGGGAUUUAAAAGGGAUAUUUUAGCGUUUUCAGCCACAGAAUGCACAUGGAGCAUGGGAAGCAGCGUACUUACUUUCAGUUUGUUCUGGGGUCAUAAACCGCUACACUGCGAUGAAGCUUCUUGUUAUCACUGCCCAGCAGAGUCACGUCAAAGCCUGAUGUUUUAACAGCCGAUGCAGCAGUGUAGAUAUCCUUUUUUUUUUUUAAAUCAUAAAAACAUGACAUGCUUCUGCUCUGAUAGACUGUUCAGCUCCACCUUAGGCCUUGCUUCCAUACUGUGUGUUUGAUCAGAUGUUCCUUUAAACUUUGCUCAAAUAAAGCUUCACUGAAACUAGA